GCAGAUCCUUCAUUCUUUCUCCGGCAGUGCAACGGAUAACUUGUCGUGAUGAAACAGAUCAUUGCUGUUUGUUUUGUCCUGGCAAUCGUUGCUUCAGGGGUAUAUACCCUUACUGGUACUGUUUGCAGCCGAACAGCCACCCAUGUUCAUGUGUCGAGAUACUGCAAGUUUUGGUUUUUAGGGUGUUGGGCUUGGGGCACCCGUAGAUACUGGUCAUACUACCGUGUAGAGUACUGCUGUAGGGGAUACAGGUCUAUCUAUGGACGUUGUGAUCCACAUUGUCCUCGAGGGUGUGGAGGAGUGGGCACAUGUGUUGCCCCGUCUGUAUGUAACUGUGGUCAAACUCACACAGGCCCAAACUGCGGUAAACCGCAAUGUUCCUACAGGUUCCCAUGUUAUCCUGGAAUAUGUUCAUUACCUGACCAUUGUGAAUGCGCAGACUCUUUUGGCAAGCGUCGGGGAGAGAGCAAAAAAUGCAACGAAAUUACAAAGAGGCCAUCGGUGAUGAUUGCAAAUGCUUCCUUGGAAUACUACGACAACGACAGACAAGACAUCAUAUACUCGGUAACCGUAGUUGCCCCUGACAACGGCACGAACACUCUGACCUGGUGGUCCAACAUCGGUAAGUUCAACCGAUUUGACAUCGCUAUGGAGGCUUUUCUGGAUCUUGGAGAACUUCCUCACAGACCGGAGUACGUACGAUCUGACAAGUUUGGAAUCAAGAGCGCUCAUAUUGACUACACUAUAACAAAAGCAUCACACAGCGUUCCGAAUGCAACAGAAAGGGUCAUCUGUCAGACAGCUAACCAGGAGCCAGAAUCUGGCGUAGUCAAUUGUGCUAAGCACGUGCCUUUCUUUGGAUAUCGCCUGGACAAUGGUGACGUGUUUACUAUGCGGUUCGAAGUUGCAAGCGGCGGAUACAUGAGGCUCAGCGAUGGCAGUAGAACCAACUUCGUCGGUAAAACCGGAGCCAAGGAAAUAAGAAUGAAGUUUGAUUUCAUACCUCCAUACCACUGUAGAGAUGACAAUACUUGUGGGACAGUUCAUGAAAAGCCGCCAUUACAGGUUGUGAACGACAUAACUCGGGACCCUGUCGCUUUGAAAUGGUCUGGAUGGGGAGACAUGCUUUCUGGAUUAGAUUCGUACGUUUUAGAGGUGUUUAAAUUGAGUGGCGGUGGUAUUUUCCUGCUAGAAAAGGAUCCACUGAAGCCAACUUUUGUAUACGAAUUCAGCCCAGAUGCUCGUGACCACACAGUCACACCGAAAGAACCUGGAAUGUAUUCUGCAAUACUCGGUGUAAAAGACCGCGCAAACAACACCAGAUAUGUCCGCGAAUUAUUUCUGUAUGACGCCACUUCUGAUAUAUCCAAGGAUUCCUUACAUCCUUUGCAUGUCGCAAGUGCCUCGCGGGAGUCAAAUUACCAGUGGCAGGUACCAAACAAAAAAGGAAAGACGUCCAUUGAAGUUGAUUGGACUGGACACUUUAUCAACAAAGUUCACCAGGAAGGAGGCUUUUUGGCCGAUGUAAGAGAUUACCCGCCACAACUCAAGAACAAAUAUCUUGAUACCGUAGAGAAGGCGGUCUCUACAACGCUAAAGAACCCCUCUGCCACAAGAACAAGUGACCGGAUACCAAAUGCCAACGGCAUUAUGAGAUUUCAGCUUAACGUGGAGAACUUUCUGAAGAAUGUUGUUCCCAAACCCCCAACGGCUAGUUGGCGCGAUAUGAGAAUAUCGGAGAAUGCAACUGUUGACGAAAGUGUAUCACGGGGGGACUGUGUCCUCGCGUGGGUUCGAGCUUACGAUAUCAUCGGUAACAAUGCGACGGACUAUGGAAUGGUGUGUUUUGAUGACUCUCCUCCAGUUAUCACAGUGACCAGCUUUGAACGGGAUUUCGAGGAGAUUUCAAGCAGAAUUCUCCUCCGCACGUUGGAUCGCGACAGCGGUAUUGCUAUGGUAACGUGGUCCUUCAGAGACAAUGUCACACAGGAGACUAUUGACAUACAUGACAACAUAGCUGUUACUAGAAAAACAGUUAAUAGCACACAAGAGGAAUGUGACACGAUUGGAGACUGCUACUGUAUCAAUACAGGAGAGUGCUUUCCUGAAGACAAUCAAUUGGAUAUUGAUCACUGUAUUCUCUAUCAACCCCGUAUUGAAAAUACUGAAACCAACUAUAUCAUGACACUGACCGCCUUUAAUCAGGCCAUGCAGAACAUGUCCACUGAAUAUUUCAUCGAGAACGUCCAAAACCUGAAUGGCAUGGACUACUGUGCGAGGAAAUUCCGGGAGCGGCUUGUCCUUUCGGAAGCGCUGACUUCAGGUGGAAUAUCAGGGAUAGUUAUAAGUGGGAUACUCUUCCUCGGAAUCGUAUUCAUUCUGCUGUUCUUGAUAAAGACUGGGCGUCUACGGAAGGUCAGCGAAAGAAGUCAGGAAGGCAUACGUUCAAUUCGUCGAUCCAUCCGAAAAGGACAUGGCAUGGACGGACUUGCAAGUUACAAGACAGGGGGAUUCGAUGAAGAUGACAUAUACAUGUAUGGUCAUCAGACUUACGAGCAUGCUCCCGACUGGAUUAUUCGUCCGGAGGAUUUGACACUCAACAAUUUAAUCCUCAUUGGAAAGUUUGCAAAAAUCUAUGAGGCCAGUCUACUUCAAUCUGGGCAACAGCAGGCAGUGGUGGCAAAAACAUUAAAAACCGAUUUCACAGAACAGGACUCGGUCUUGAUGACGGCUAAGAUAAACUUCUUCGGCACAAAGGUGGGACGGCAUUCGUGUGUCUUGGAAAUGGUCGGAGCAAUCCUAGACGAUGAAAAGAUGGGACCCGUUAUGGUACUGGAGCGUUGUGGCUACGGCUCGGUGAAGGACUGGCUUAUCAAUAACAAAGACCGCACUGCUGACUCUACCAUCGACUUCCUCUUCCGAUUUGUGUAUUCCAUUGUUCAAGGAAUGGAAUAUCUGGCAGGUCGAGAGAUUACUCACAUGCGUUUGGCUGCCAGGAACGUAUUGUUAACGGACAAGCUUGAAACAAAGAUCGCGGGUUUUGGACCCCGCCAUGGUGAUGACGAAGAAGACGGAGAAAAGAAAGAACGCAUUCCAAUAAAGUGGAUUGCUCCAGAAUGCGUAAGCAAUAGCAAGGCGGCAUCGGAGAAGUCAGAUGUGUGGUCGAACGGCGUGGUCAUGUGGGAAAUAUUUUCAUUUGGAGAAACCCCCUAUCCGAAGAUUAGGUCGGCCGACCUGUCCCGUGCACUCAAGAAAGGGGAACGACUUCGCCGACCUGAAUUCUGCGACAAAACUCAUUACGACAUCAUGGAGAGAUCAUGGAACAUGAAACCAGCACAAAGACCAACGUUCCGAGAAGUUCGCGAACAAAUUGAAAAUGAGUUCAACGCAUCAGGGGAUGUUGACUACUACGACGCAAAUUUUGCCAACAAUUAAACUGAUGUUUUGGGGAAAAAAACACUUGCACUGGUUUAAAUUCGAUGGGUAUUUGUCGAUCUAUCUUUGUCACUUUUUCUGAUUUCAACACCUCCAGGAUCAUAGUAAAAAUUUGAAAUAGAUUUCCAAAAACAAUUAUUUUCCAUGGCGUUUAUUUGUUAAGUUACUAAAAGCCCUAAAUGCUAUUGUGGAAAAAGAUACUGUAAAUGUAUAUACAUGACAUCAUAAAGGAGGCACACAUUUAUAAACAAAAAAUUGUUGAUACAUAUAGCUAAACAAAGUAGGAACUUUACUGAAGCAUAUGAACAUUUCAUUAUAUGUUCUUGUGUUGAAGCAUAUGAACAUUUCUUUAUACGUACUUGUGUUACCCUUGUUAACAAUUUGAGAUAAAUAUGUAUGUUAUAGCAUUAACAUACUCGCAACCGACAUAUAAUUGCCAGUAAAGAAAUUAGUAUAAACUGCAGCAAUAUAACCUAAAGCAGUAUCCUACUGAGAUAUCGCCUAUAGAAGUAUCUAACGGAGAUAUCACAUGUAGCAGCAUCUCACUGCGAUAUCUCCAUUAGCUGUGUUCUUCUGAGAUAUUACAUAUACCAGUAUAUUACUUAGAUAUCGCCUAUAAAAGUAUCUAACGGAGAUCUCACAUGUAGCAGUAUCUCAAUGCGAUAUCUCCUUUAGUUGUGUUCUUCUGAGAUAUUACAUAUACCAGUAUAUUACUGAGGUAUCGCCUAUAGAAGUAGCUAACGGAGAUAUCUCAUUUAGCAGUAUCUCACUGCGAUAGCUCCUAUAGCUGUGUUCUUCUGAGAUAUUACCUGUACCAGUAUAUUACUGAGGUAUCGCCUAUAGAAGUACCUAACGGAGAUAUCACAUGUACCAGUAUCUCACUGCGAUAGCUCCUAUAGCUGUGUUCUUCUGAGAUAUUACAUAUACCAGUAUAUUACUUAGAUAUCGCCUAUAAAAGAAUCUAACGGAGAUAUCACAAGUAGCAGUAUCUCACUGCGCUAUCUCCUUUAGCUGUGAUCUUCUGAGAUAUUACCUAUCGUAGUAUCUUACUGAGAUAUCGCCUAUAGAAGGAUCUAACGGAGAUAUCAUAUGUAGCAGUAUCUCACGGCGAUAUCUCCUUUAGCAGUGUUCUUCUGAGAUAUUACAUAUACCAGUAUAUUACUGAGGUAUCGCCUAUAGAAGUAGCUAACGGAGAUAUCUCAUUUAGCAGUAUCUCACUGCGAUAUCUCCUUUAGCUGAGUUCUUCUGAGAUAUUACCUGUACCAGUAUAUUACUGAGAUAUUGCCUAUAGAAGUAUCUAACGAAGAUAUCACAUGUAGCAUUAUCUCACUGCGAUAUCUCAUUUAGCUGUGUUCUUCUGAGAUAUUACCUGUACCAGUAUAUUACUGAGAUAUUGCCUAUAGAAGUAUCUAACCGAGAUAUCACAUGUAGCAAUAUCUCACUGAGAUAUCUCCUUUAGCUGAGUUCUU